ACGUCAUUUUGUUUACACACAGCAACGCAAGCAUCGUGCUUCAGCAAUGCCAUUGGCGUUGCGAAUAAAUUUGCCGUUUCUCAUAACAUGAUGACUGCUUCUACAAAGAAAACGGACUACUCAGCGACACAUGGCCGACUUAAUGGCAGAAGAGCUUGGUGCGCUCAAAGCGCCAGGGGUACCCAGGAGUGGCUUAAGAUUGAACUUGAAAAGUCAACUGAAAUAUGUGGUGUUGCGACUCAAGGAAGAGAGGAUACUGAUGAAUACGUUAUAUCCUUUAAACUGUAUUAUUCUUUGGAUGGUGAUGGCUGGACUGCUUAUAAGAAUUCAAAUGGCUAUGAUGAGGUUAAUCUACUUUUUAGCUUAGAAGGACGUUCUAACCCCGGUCUAGGGAGUAGCGUUGUGAUCAAGAAUAUUUUGGCGGGAUUUCUGUAACCCGGUACUAUAAAUUUUAACCCUUACAUUCAAGAUGUAAACGCGUUCAAGAAAGCGGGGACAAUUCUUUACACUGCAAAACGGUCGGUUUUUUUUCUCAAAACCGGUUUAGCUUAGCGUAAGAAUAGCGUAAGAGUCUCACACGGGCGUGUGAGGGGAAAGAAAGAAAAACGGACUGUCGGUUUUUCAUACAAUGAGUUCGUUCUGACCAGGGGGCUCAAAAUGUCUUCCAGCUGUCAAAAAUCUGUUCAAAACGCCACCCUCUUUGUAAAUUUGAUAGACCCGGUGAUCGAUUUCGCGAUAGAAUAGUGCGUGUUAGUGUCUGCGCGUGCCCUAGAAUCUUGUGGUACACGCUAUCCAGUAAUUCCAAAGCCAGCAGUCUUGAGCGUUGUUUCCUAGUGCAAUGUAGUUUUUUUCUUGAAGUUCAAAAAUGAGUGGAAGUGGCAGUACGCCGACAGAGCCUGUGCCUGCUCCUCGAAGAGGGGGAAAGCCGAGCUGAGGACUUCAGAUAAUAUUAGAAUGUGCGCUGUUGUUUCAAAACACAGUUCGGCAAUUUUAAGAUUGGAUGGAUAGACUCUGCAAAUAUGUUUGUUGCCCCUGCUAGAAAAGAUGAACGUUACCAAAGUUGGCCGACCUUCUGCAAAAAGAACUUCUCGUUGUCCUUGGUGAACGAGAAUCUUUCUCUACAAGAGUUUGCUCGCCGAGCGGAACAAAGGUUAUAAACUGCCCUGCGAACACGCCAACGGGAUAGAAUUCAUCACAGUAGAGAACAUUGCGAAUGACUUAUUGGAAACAUAACUUGACAGCUUGCUAACGGCUUGGAUCAAAAUUUAGCCAGUAGGAAUUGCCGUGGCUGGGAGAUGCGGGUAAUUCGAACGAAUAUAACGUAUGCAAAGCGGACAUUCCAUAAUUUUUGCGUCUCUCCUCAGUCUCGCUCUCUGUUUUCAGCUUCGCUCCAGACCUUUUGUUUGAUUGUUCGCGCGUAUUUGAGCACGCAAAAAUACGGACUGUUUUGCAGUCUAAAUUUUAUUUGAUAAUUAUUACCCUGGUCAAAAUUUUGAUUAAACGGCGAGUUUAAAUUCAAUAAUAUUGAACUAUUUGGCCGCGAAAAUGAGCGCUUAUUCGAGGCUGAGCAGUUUGACUGUUUUCAAUAAGUAGUAAAUUUGCAUGUGAUCUGUGUGAUGUGGAUUAUGUUGGCUACACAGCCCGGCGCCUUCAUCAACGCAUUGCUGAAUACGGAUAUUCUGUUGUCGGUAAAUAUUUUUUUAGAAGCUCACGGUGACAAAAAUCUUUUGAAAGAGGGUCAAUUUGGCGUUCUUGAGAAGUGGAAAUUUGACUGUCUCGUAUACGAAAUGUUAUUAUUCAUCACAGAGCUUAACCCUAGCCUUAAUACUCAGAGUGACUCCAUUAGCGCUAAACUCUUGGUUUAACUUUUCACAUAUUUUUAUAUGUUACUCUAUAAUUGAUCUAUUGUUUUCUCUUGUAUGCAUAGAACUUUCAUAGGGUAUUUUUUUUUUACUUGAUAACGGCGUUCGAGAACGUCGAAACGUCGUAUUCUUAAAAUGUUUUAAGAAAAGUAUUUGCGUAAUUUUCAUAGCUAAAUGUUUUAAAAAGUCGCUUCUUUUUAAUUUGGUAAAUUAAUCUAGCAAAAAAGAUAAAUUAAUGAAUAAUAAUAAUAAAAAAGAAAAAUAUCAAACCAAAAGUAGAAGAUGAACCCAAGCAUAAUUUGAAAUGUUUACCCAUACUCCUGUUUUGCACCUCUGUUUUUUGGUGUUCGGUGUGGGUGUGUGAGCGUGGGGGAUGGGGGCGUGUUAGGAAUGGGUGCUUAUACGUGGGUGGAAAGUGUGGAUUUGUCUUUAACCAUUGAAAAUCGCUUUACUUUUAUAAAGUUCAUUCCCGUUAUUACAAAUGUAAUUUUGUAAGUAGAGGACUCAAUUACCUAAAAGGCUAUAAGGUUUCCUUUAUACCGCCAUAUCCUUUUUUCUAAUAAGUACUUAGAAUUUGUAGCUUUCUUGUGUGACCAAAUAAAUGAAUAAGUACAUAAAUAUACCAAUAAGUUGAAAGGGUCCUAAUGUUAAGCGUGGUUUAAUGAAAUGUAUUGAUAUUUCAAGGAAUUUCCCCAUGAUCAUUUUAUUUUAAUUUGUCUUGAAAGGUUUUCACUAGAUUUGGAAACAGCAGCAUCACUGACUACCAUCAGCUACCUGUUCCAGUGUCUGCAAAAUUCAUUGUAUUUCAUCCAACAAGUCAGCAUAUCUGGAACUGUUUACGAGUGGAGAUAUACAGCACUAAUAGCACUGCU